CUUCCACGCCCUUCAUCCAGAUUAAAUCAUGGUAUGCAGUUUCUUCUUUUAGGAUUAAUAUUUCUCUUAGAGGUUUUAUUUUUUAAAAUAAAAAUCCUAAAUUUUAUUUUUUUUAUUAUUUUGUGUCUGUUAUUUUUUUAAUUGAUUUAUAGAUUUUAAUUAAAAUUUUCAGUUAUGAUUGAUUACACAUAAAUCGUUUGGAUUAUUAUUAUUGUUCUUGACGCGCUAUAACUAGUUUGAGAUGACUGAAAAGUUUUCUUCUGCUUGCAUCAACCUCACGAGGAACCAUAAGCCUGCAUGCAUAAAGAGGAGAAAUCAUUCCUUAGGACAAGCUUCGAUAAUGAUGAUUCCGAAGAGCAGCAGCUCACGGCAACCAUGGAUAAGGAAGGCGUCGACCAGAAAGAGAAAAGCAACUCAGCUCCGUCAACUCCACGCCGGCUCGAUCCUCCAAAUGGCAGACGAACCAUAGUCGACUCCCCUUACAGGCACAUCCCCAGGCCACCUGAGAAGUCUCUCCCACACUAUCUCAAACCAACGAUAUGCUCCACCCAUUCCUCCAAGAACCAGCACCAGCCUUGUCAUGCUUCCCCGCCAUUCGCCGCCGCCAAUGGUAAACGCCUUCCGCAUAAGCUGAUGAUCCCCAGAGCUUCUCCGACGCCAUGCCCACCUCAAUUAAGCCCCACUUCCUCCAAGCACAGAGCAACACGGGCCCCUUCACUGUCACCUGUACACAAACUAGCCGUACGCAAUGAAGCGAACUCGGAGAAGGCAUCACCGAGUCCUCCCCUCAGAAAGACGAGAAGUCUCCCGUUGAAGAGGGACGCACAGCCUCAUGCCAAGGUCGCAGAAGCUGAGGCGACUCGGUCGACUUCACCAAAGAGCAGAGACAAAGAAGUUAAACACCCCAAGAGCUCCGAGAAGAGUGCUGUCGUCGCAGCAGGCAAGCAGAGAGCACGAGCGAAGUCGAUGUCCAUGACCUCCAUCGACAUGGCGGAAGGUACAAGAAAGCCAAGCGUCCGACGAUCUGGAAAGUUGGUGGCUGGACACGAACGCAAGGAGCAGGCGGCGGCGGGUGAGAGGCUGAGGUGCAAGGGGAAGGCGACGGUGAGGGAAGAGGAGGGCAAGGAGGUGAAGGGGAGAAAGGGGUCGCCGCCCGCCUCCAUCGCCGUCACGGACGAGGCUGCUGCUGCGGCGGCGGCGGCGAGGAGGAACAAGGUCAAAGCGCUGGUGGGGGCGUUCGAGACCGUCAUCUCGUUGCACGAGGAUGUGGGGGCGGAUGGUCAAGGAGGUCAACGCGGGGAGGGGGAGGAGUCAAAGAGGUGAUCCGGAUUGAACGACCCGCAGGGGGAAGGUGUUGACCGAGUCAACCUACGUGGACGAAGAACAGUGUGCUCGAGCGACUUGGCGACCAGUUUUCUUAUUCUCAUGAGGAGUUAUAUCUGAUGCUGCUGCUGUUAAUGUCUGUCUCUCAUGAGAUCCAUAUUUUUCUCUCCGUAAGUGUAAUAUAUUACUUUGUUCUGUUUA